AUGAAAAAUGUCUCUCCAGAUAUUCUUCUGUUGUGCUUACCAGUAGCUGUUGGAGAGUCAGAAGAGCUUCUAUGGUGCUCCAACACCACCACUGGAAGAGACCUUGAUCCUGCUCCUGUGGCUGUUUACACUGGUGAAUUAUGGGGCAAGCCAACCUGGCAAGUGUGGGUGGAAGGGAUGCGUUUUCUCACUGAAAGUGCCUUGGAAGCUGUUGGACCAUGUCCACAAAUGCAGUUUCGCCAACGUCACCAGUUCGAUCGAGGUCAGUUAGCUGGCAUGAUGGUGACUGGGGACAGGCCAAAGGACUUCUUUCAAGACUGUGUACCGGCGUGCAAUCCAGCUGGGACUGCGGUCUAG